AGCCCAGUUCCCCAGGGAGGUAGGCUUUGGAGAUGGUUCUUACCCCUCCUGCCCACUGGUGACCAGGCACCUGGUCUACACCCCUCCAGCCUCCACACCCGCCUCCCCUCCAUAGUGGGUCAUGGUUCUGUGUCUCUGCAGAGAAAAUGGGUUGCUUUCCCAAGGGUGCGCCCAAAACACCCGCCACAGCCAGUUGGGUGCCUGGACUGGGCUCUGCACGUGAGCUGUGCUCUUACUGUAUACACAGACUCUUUCUCAUCUUCCCUUGGCCCCUAGCCUUGUGCCUUCAGCUCGCCUCAGGGACACACCCAAUGCUGAGGGGGCCCAGGCUGGCAGCUCACACUGCCUUCGCUGUCUCCACCCACAUAAGCAGAACUGCGAGAAGCGAAGGGCUCAAGGUGGGCAGCUCCUGGGUAGCUAGGUACUCAGCAGCAGGAGGUCGAAAGCAUGGCUGCAAUCGGGCCCAGGGCCAAGAAACCUUCUGAUCAGUCCUCAAGCUUCAGUGUCAGUUUCCAAGGGCUGUUUAUCAUCGUGGGCCAAAGCAAGCAGGCACCUCAGCCCACCUCCCUCGAGGAUGGGCCCGUGGAGUGGGAGACGCCUGACCUCUCUCAGGCUGAGAUUGAGCAGAAGAUCAAGGAGUACAACAGCCAGAUUAACAGCAACCUUUUUAUGAGCUUGAACAAGGACGGCUCCUACACAGGCUUCAUCAAGGUCCAGCUGAAGCUGGUGCGCCCUGUCUCAGUGCCCUCCUGCAAGAAGCCGCCCUCCCUGCAGGACGCCCGGCGGAACCCUGGACGGGGCCCUGGCCCUGGCCCUGGCAGUGUGCGGCGCCGCACCUCCUUCUACCUGCCCAAAGAUGCUGUCAAGCACCUGCAUGUGCUGUCCCGCACGCGGGCACAGGAGGUCAUUGAGGCCCUGCUGCGAAAGUUCCUGGUGGUGGACGACCCCCGCAAGUUUGCCCUCUUUGAGCGGGCAGAGCGCCACGGCCAAGUGUACCUCCGGAAGCUACCGGAUGAUGAGCAGCCACUGCGACUGAGGCUUCUCGCAGGACCCAGUGAGAAAAUCCUGAGCUUUGUCCUAAAGGAGAAUGACUCUGGAGAGGUCAAUUGGGAUGCCUUCAGCAUGCCUGAGCUGCACAACUUCCUGCGCAUCCUGCAGCGAGAGGAGGAGGAGCACCUACGCCAGAUCCUGCAGAAAUACUCCUGCUGCCGCCAGAAGAUCCAGGAGGCUCUGCAUGCCUGCCCCCUGGGGUGAUCUUCUCCACCCCAGAGGGGGAAGGAGGAGAGUAGACCGCACCAAGGGCAUGCCGUAUGAGUGUGACAUGGCCCGUGGGGCCUGAGGAGUGAGUGUGCAUGGGAGUCGUCCCUUGUUGGGCAUACAAGCCCAGAGAACAGCUAAGGAGCUGACCUUUGUGUCCACCAAUGGUGCAGCAGAGCAUGGCUCUGCCCGCCUCUGCCCUUCAUGUACUGAGCCAUGGUGGGGCAGGACUGCCCUGGAAAGUGGCCUCAGGUUUGCAGCAGGAGGGGAGUCGACAGAGGUCUCCCCGAUUCCUGGCUGUGGUGUGUGAUAAUCAUGGGAACACCACAAGCAGCACUGGAGCAUGUUUGUAGGGGGUGUGGGGCUGCCUCUGUGGCAGAAGGUCUCAGGACCUAUAGAGCCAAAGAUGGGUACAGAGGAUAAGGCUGGCAUCCAGGGAGAAUUGGUUCCCUCCAGAGGCCCUCUGACCGCUCUCACACCCUGUGGUCAGUGAGCACUGCCUCACAGUGCAGCCACAGUGCCUCCGUGCCUCUAAGGAGGCGGCCCCUGGGCCAGGUCCACGCGAGAGCGUGAGCACUGUCCGGGAUGUGCCUUGUUUGCCAGCCAAAGCCAGGGUCUCUCCAGGGUCUUUGAUGAUGUUGCGAAUGUGUGUCAUGUUUUGUGGCCUCAACUGAAUGCCUCCUGCAGGGUCAGGGGUGAAAGUGCCAGCCAUCAGCAAGGGCCUGAGAAUGGACUGAAUAAAGAGUUGAGAAUG